AUGUCAACGGCAAUAGAGACUGCUGAGACGUCCUUCAAGCUUGCUCCCUUUAAUCCAUCCAGCGAACAAAUCCAAAAGAAAUGCUGCGAAUUAUUGAUUGAUCGAGCGCUUGGUGACAACAACAACAGCAACAGCAACAGCAACAACAGUGAAAGCAAGGAAGGGGGACCAGUUCUCUUUGAUCUGGGUUGUGGUGAUGCAAGAUUACUGAUCAACAGCGCAAAAUUGUACCCUCAACUGAAAUGCAUUGGGAUUGAGCUGGACAAUGCCUUUGUGACUCGGGCCAUUGAACAAAUUCAAACCUUGCCACGAGACCUGCAAGAUAGACUUUAUGUGCAUGAAGGGGAUGCACUAAAAGAUCAGAUAUACCAAGAAUCAACUUGUCCUGUGGCCAAUUUGACAUUUAUCGAUGAUGCUUCGAUUCUGUAUCUUUUUGUAUUGCCCAAAGGCAUUGAAAAGCUGAUUCCUCUAUUGAUAUCGGUGGUAGAAAAGCGGAAGCUUCAAAAGCGCAACUUUCGAAUCCUCUCGUACAUGUUCCAGAUUCCAGAGUGGGAUCCAUCUGUGGUAGACCGGUCAUCGAAGGGUUCAUGUCCGAUUUAUCUAUAUGAAUUCUUGUACGAAGAAUAG